GGAAGAGAGAGCAGGUUGGAACGGAUUAAAGGCGUCGCGUUUCAGUGUCACAUCCAACAUCAUCAGCACCACAAAACCCGGACCUGCUGGGAAAGAGCAUUUUAAUUAACAGACCCGUUUUAGGAAUUCACCCCCCCCCCUCCUUAAACAUGUCUGUGGGUAGUGACUUUGGGAACCCUUUAAGAAAAUUCAAACUGGUCUUUCUGGGAGAGCAAAGUGUUGGGAAGACAUCUCUGAUCACGAGGUUCAUGUAUGACAGCUUUGACAACACAUAUCAGGCCACAAUUGGAAUAGACUUCCUGUCAAAAACGAUGUACUUGGAGGACCGAACGGUGAGGUUGCAGCUGUGGGACACGGCUGGACAGGAGCGCUUUAGGAGCCUCAUUCCCUCCUACAUACGAGACUCUACUGUGGCCGUGGUGGUUUAUGAUAUUACAAAUGUGAACUCCUUCCAGCAAACGUCCAAAUGGAUCGACGACGUCAGAACAGAGAGAGGAAGUGAUGUCAUUAUCAUGCUAGUUGGCAACAAAACAGACUUGGGAGACAAAAGGCAGAUCACCAUAGAAGAAGGAGAACAGCGGGCCAAGGAGCUCAGCGUCAUGUUUAUUGAGACCAGCGCCAAGACAGGCUACAACGUCAAACAGCUGUUUAGGCGUGUGGCGGCUGCCCUUCCUGGGAUGGAGAGCAUGCAGGAGACAAGCAAGGAGGGAAUGAUUGACAUCAAGAUGGACCAACCGCAGGAGCCUCCGACCACUGAAGGCGGGUGCUCCUGUUGAUCCUGAUUGGUUCAUCUACACCCACUUGCUUGUUGUGUUACUUCCUAUUGGUUAGCCUCGAAUUUGCGUUUUCAGUUUAGAAUCUGGUCUUUUCAUCUAAAUAUUGGUUAUCAGUUGGUAACUAUCGUUAUACACAUAAAACACUGUACUUUAUUAACAAAUAUUGGCAAAAGAAAAGUCUUUAAAAUGAUUACAAUGAUCAUAAUCAUGAACAAAAAAAUGUCCCUUAACCACAUAAAACAUGUCAUAUACUUGUUUUUGUAAAAGUAGAAUGGAACGUUUUCUUUUUUUCCUUUUUUGUAUUUUUGUAACGUUAAAGAAAUAAAAAGACACGGACAACCUCUCCUCUUGGUUAGAGGCUCAAAUGGCACCCUAUUGUUCCCUAUAUAGUGCACAAAUAAAGCCCUGGUAAGUGCACUCUGAAGGGAAUAGGGUGUCACUGUGAUGGAAGGAAAGAGAUGAAUUGGGAACACGCCAUCUCGUAUGGCUAGAGAGGACAAACUGACCAGUAACUUUUCACUGAAUAUCUAAUGCAUGCAUGUAAAAUUAUUAUGAUUAUUUUUUUUAGGUUGGCCUAUUAAUGUGUCUGCUGAUGUACACCGUUUGGAUAUGAAAAGGCUCUUAACCUACACAUGUUCACUUGUUUCUUUUUGUCUUCACAAAAUGCUGUGAUUGAAGCUGGAUUUUAAUAGUGUGUGUGUGUGUGUGUAUGUGUGUGAGUGUGUAAAUGUACGCUUUCUAUAUAAGACACUGUAGAAUGCAACCAUCCAUUGAGGGCAGCUGCCAAACUGCGUCCUCACAGGGGGCCCAUGUUCUAGCUGGUUAUCACAACUGUAGAGGGGCUUGGGUUUGCCGCGUCACUCCUCCUAGCUGCUGCUGUUGCGGACUGCACUGUGUCAUACAUAUCUACUAUGGUAUUGUGGUUAGGUGUUUGUCCCAAAGAGCACCCUUACUCCUUAUACGGUGGACUACUUUGGACCAGGCCAAAACAGGGAGUAGAGCAGAGUGGACAGAAGAUAGGUAGCAGAAAGCUUACCCCUCGCCUCCUAAACAGUAACUAAAAUAAAAUAAAAUAUUUUUAAAAACUCAUCCUUUUAUGCUUUAUAUGAAGUUCACCUCCACUGUUUCUGUUCUGUAAAAAUAAAAAAAGCAGCUCGUCAUUCACCACAUAAACAAGUUGUAACAGUUCCCUCGUCCUAGCCUGAGGGCCAGUCUGUUUGUGUUAUCAUGCCAACUCCCUGUCACUCAUUGUCAUGCCAAUUGACAGUCAUGGAGUAAACAAGAGCACAGGGAGGGGGGGGGGGAUCAGGCUAUCCUGGUAUCUGGUAACAGUUACACGUUCCUGUCAAAUAAAUCAAGAACAAAUGACUCAUUUGCACAUGUAGACCUUUCAGGUUAUUAUGAAGUUGUUCCCAGACGCCUCGAUUCCCGUCUGAGUUAUUCCCUUUUUAUGUACUUUUCUCUACAUGCGUUUUUCUGACUUUAAACUUGAAGCUGCAAUAUGUACUUUUUUUUUUUUGCAUGACAGGACAAAAUACAAAAUAGAAAUGUGUAUUAUAGAUCUGUCGUUCUCAUUGAAAGCAAGUGCUAAGAAGUGGUAGAUCUGUUCUAUGUGCCCUAUUUCUAUGCUUCCCGUUUUUAAGUUUCGUUUUUGUAUUUUUUUUUUUUAACUUUCGGUUUUUGUACACCAGCUUCAAACAGCUGAAAAUACAAUAUUUUUGGUUAUUGAAAAUAUAUUUCACAGCGGUUUAGAUGGUACAAUUAUUAUUUACACUACACUUGAUUGCCUACUGCCUACGUUUAUAUGUGACAAAACAAACUAUUAAAAUUGUAGUAGCCAGAAAUGGCGGAGCGUU